ACCAAAAAGAGUAUUGACAGGAAGCAGCAACAACAGCAGUGAAAGACAAACAUGAGUGUGAAGGGCAUGGUUACAGCCUUGGCUGGGAUAUUCUGUGCUACAACUGCUCAAGGUUUCCCCAUGUUCAAAGGAGGAUGCUGUCUUUGCAUAGGCCCUGGAGUAAAAGCAGUAUAAGUGGCAGAUAUUGAGAAAGCUACCAUAAUGUACCCAAGUAACAACUGUGACAAAAUAGAAGUGAUUAUCACCCUGAGAGCACAUAAAGGACAAAGAUGUCUAAAUCCCAAAUUGAAGCAAGCAUUAUAAUCAAGGUAGGGUGCCAGAAGAUUUUAUCCAAGACAUAUCUUUUGAGAAAACAGACUUGCAGAAAAGAUUCUGCUAGGAUUUUGUAUGAGGUAUUUUGAUAAGAGGUCUCUGGUUUAACCAGCUUUCCUUUUUCUGCCUUAUGUUUUUACAUGUCAACUCAAUCACUGGAAAACAAGAACAGCAUGUUUAUAAAACUCAUUUUCUCAUUUCAGAAAAUUGAAAGAAUGAAUUUUUUUAAAUCUCAAAAUGUAUGAAGUCCUAGGAAAGAGAAUCUGAAAACCUAGAACAAGUUUACUGUGUGACAACUGAAGUGAUUAAGAAUUCCACAAUUGGAAACGGAUUUUCUCCUGCCAGUUGCAAUGUAUAUUCAUGCAUUUCUACAUCAGUAAACCUCAGAAAUCUGAUGGUUAGAACUAUUCUUUUGUGAUUAUGAAAACAUUUCUGUAUCUAGAAGUUAUGUUGUUUGUACUUGAUCAAU